UGUGAGUAGUGGACCGUCGGUUUCCGGUGUCGCUGUCUCUCCUGACCCCGGCUCCAGCAGAGCUUCUCCUGAAGACACAACACUGCUCUUCAUUUCUGAAACGUGCCAGGGUGUCCCCCCUCUCCAUGUGUGGUGCCUAAUGGGCGGCUGGUCUCGCAGUGCUGUGCUGGAGCUUUACCGCUCGCUGCUCCGCGCGGGCCGCCACCUUCAGUACACCGACCGCAACUACUAUCGCCGCGCUGUGGCUCGCGAGUUUCGCCGCUGCCAGGACCUGACGGUACCCGAAGACAAGGAGGACGCGCUGAAGAGGGGCCAGUUCUUCCUCAGCAGCCGAUUGGGUGGGCUUAUGUAG